GCGAUCACAUAAAUCCAAACAGAGAAGUAUUUUAAAGGGGCCGGUUAAAAAUUUGAGGCUCAAUAAAAAAGUUUAGUACUUUGUCAAAUCUGAGUGAACAAAUGAACAAACAAAUCAAAUGAAUGGAAAUCAUUGUUUCACAGAUUCAGAUGGGUUGUCGAUGUCUUCAACAAUGUUGUUCUCUCCCCUCCCUCUUCAUUAUUUUCAUCCUUUUCUUCUCUAAUUUUUUCAUCAUUUAUGCUCAAACUGAUCCAGCCUUGCCUUCUUUUACCCCCAUUAAUCGAGAUCUUUAUCAUCGAAGUGAUGCAUUACUGGAAGAAAUUAAAGGUUUGGUUAAUCGUCACCCGGACAAACUCUCGAUGGAGAUAUUGAAUGGUCAAAAUAGGGGCUACGAGGCUGAUCUUAAUGUAGUAACAUACUGUCAGAAUAGGAAAGAGACUGAUGAGAAGUCAAAGUUUCGGAUUCUAAUUAGUUUUGGUCAGCACGCGAGGGAGCUUAUUACAACUGAGCUUGCAUUGCGGGUCAUCUCUAUAUUAAGUGAAGAACAAUUUCUACCCAAAAUGGAUCAGGUUUUAUUAAACCGUACCCUGGAGAAGCUUGUAAUUAAGGUAAUACCAAUGGAAAAUGUGAAUGGACGCAAACUUGUUGAAGAUGGAGAUCUUUGUGAAAGAAGAAAUGGAAGAGGAGUUGAUCUCAAUCGAAAUUGGAGUGUAGACUGGGGUAAAAAGGAGAAGGACUAUGAUCCCUAUGAAGAGAAUCCUGGAACUGGCCCUUUUAGUGAGCCCGAGAGCACAUUGAUGCGGAAACUUUCUGGAUCAUUUGAACCACAUAUGUGGAUCAAUAUGCAUUCUGGAAUGGAGGCUCUGUUUAUGCCAUAUGAUCACAAAAACACAACCCCAGAUGGAUUGCCAUCACAACGAAUGAAGUUGAUGCUUAAAAAGCUUAAUUAUUUUCAUUGCGAAAACCGCUGCAUGGUUGGAUCAGGUGGAGGUUCUGUUGGGUAUCUCGCCCAUGGAACAACCACAGAUUACAUGUUUGACAUUGCAAGGGUUCCCAUGGCCUUCACUUUUGAGAUUUAUGGAGAUAUAACAGCUUCCACAAAAGACUGCUUUAAAAUGUUCAAUCCUGUUGAUCUUCCAACCUUCAACAGAGUUAUAAAUGAUUGGUCUGGUGCAUUAUUUACCCUCUUUACUAUGGGUGCACGCCAGAUGGAUGAACUCCAAUCUGAGAACUUGUCCGAAUCGAAGUUGAUUUCGAUAGAUGACUAUUUAAAUGGAUAUUUAAUGGAAAGGAAAAGUAGAUACGGGAAGAAAAUUGAGGUUCUUGAUCUGGGUAUGCAAGAGAUUAGAACAUACUUCAGGCUCUUCUUAUUAUCUUCAGUGUUGUUGAUGUUCAUGUUUUGUUCUCGAAUCAGAAAGAGUAAUAGGACACUUGUUCAUGCUUUGUCCAUUUAAGAUUUAGCCUGCCUCAUCGAUUUUUGUUUUUCAUUCUUUUUAAGAGCCAGGUAGAAUUUAUUUUUUAAAGUCUGUCUGGGCAGUUACUUCUCUGUCAUUUAAUUUGUGAGGAAAUAUGAUAUUUGUAAAAGUACAACACAUUCUUUGAUAUUUAUUUGUGCAUUAAUAGAAAAGAAAGAAGUUUUGCAAUGGUUA